AUGGAUCCUGCGAUUGCUACAUACGUCGAGCAAUUAGGGUUUAAAAAGUGGGCUCGUCCUUAUUGUCAAAGCGAUCGGUACAACAUAAUGACAAGCAACGCUGUCGAAAGCUUCAACAAGGUGACAGAAGAAUUCAAAAAAUAUCUAGUAACUACUUUGGUUAACUUCAUCAGGUUCACACUUCAAAAUUGGUUUGCUUCUCAUCUCGAAAAGGCUAGUAAGUGCGCUACUCCUUUGGCUACUACUUUUGAAAAUGAUUUAAAGGAUCAACACAAAGAUGGUAUGUUCAGGAGUGUCCUUCGUAAUGGUGCCCAAUUAUUUAACGUUGGUACGAGUCCUCAAGGUGAGAGAGGUGGUGAUGUUGACUUAGUGGAGAGAACAUGCACUUGCGGACUUUUACAAACGCUCAAAAUCCCUUGUCCCCAUGCAUGUGCCACAGCAGUUAGUCAGAAUGUGAGCGUGUACGCACUUUGCUCUCCAUAUUACACAACAGAAACAUGGAAGAAGAUCUACGAUGCCACAAUUAAUAUUGUUGGUGAGGAGGAUGAGUGGGUACUACCAGAACACAUCAAGAACAUAAGAAUCGGGGUACCAGUGGAGAAAAAACAAGUACGUCAGCCUAGGAAGAGCAAUGCAGGUAAAAGACCGACGAAGCAUAGAUCGUCUAGUGGUUAG